AUGUUCUCAAGAAGUUAUUCCAAUGGGGGCACCUGUGUUUUCCUUAAGAAUGAUAUUGAGAUUGCUGGUAUGAUGUGUAGUGUUGAGGCUGGCAAGUAUAGGUUAUGUAGGCAAAGUAGAAUUACCUACCCUUCAUAUAUGAGAAGGAGUGUUGUAAAAUAUGUGGCUGAUAAUAAUGUUGAUGAGGUUGUUGAACAUCUUGUGAAUGUCUACAGGCUAAUGUACUGUGAGGACUUGAAGGGGUGCCCUAGCAUUAGAUUCCUUAUCGUGAGACUGUGCAGUGCUCUCGGUUGUGCUGUAAGGGAUUGUCUAAGAGAUACCCUGCCAUCUAAUGAUAAGUCUAAGCAUGAGUUCCUGUUUUACGGUAUUAUUGUCCCUCACUUACAAAUUGAUGUUAGCAGAUAUAUUUACUGUAGGAUGUGGGCUGACAGGUUGAAGCAGGGAUUGGAUAAUGAUUGGAGCGCUCAACUUUCUUAUGUUGGGUAUGAAUGGAAAGAUUGGCGUGAAAGGUGGCAAGAGCAUUUGUGGAGAAAGAAGAUGGGAUAUAACGAGGGGCUUGUGAAGUGCGGUAAGUCAGGGUAAAGUCUGUGGUUGAAGUUGCGAUUUAAUGCGUUAAUGUGCGCGUUUAUUUAUUACCUAUGGAGUGCUAAUAAUAAAGAGGUGGAAAAAAGGUGAUUGUAUUGUGGUACCUGGAGAGUAUCAUUCUGGUGAAGAGUUUGAUAGGAUUAUGGAGGCCCUCAUUGAGAUUAACAGUGUGAUUGAUAAGAUUGGUGGAGUUGCUAGGAGACCUCUGAAUAAGCUUAUGAUUGUUCGAGUGUGUAGUAAGCUUGGAAUUGAAACUGGUGUGGGGGAUGCUAAGCUCGAAAAUGCUGUGCUAAACAGCGAAGAUCUGCUCUUUGGGAAAGUCUAUCCUGAACUUGGGUGGGAACCAUCAAACUGUAAGUUCUAUGGUGAGUGGUUGAGGAGAAAGCUGAAGGAGAAACAGAUUCUUGAGAGUAUGGAUUUAGAACCUAAGUUGGAAAGGUAUUUGAAUCCUGGGAGUGGGUGA